AUGGGGAACAAGCAAUCUUCUCCGUCAUGCCUCGAUUACCCACCUAAGAAGCCAAAGAAGGUGAAGAAGAAAGAUUUCAACAUUCUCAUGGAGCAUCGUCCACCUGGCUAUACCCCUCCGAAGCAGGAUAAUCGUAGCGAAAUGGACCUUCAUUCCGAUAAAAUACGAAGACAGCUGGAAGAGAUGGAUGCGCUGAGGUCAGCUGCUAUAGCAAGGGGUGAAGGAUUACCAUCAUACGAGGUUAGUAUGAAGCUGAAAUGA